AUGGUUUGGCCUCCCCUCGCUGCCCGCUUGGCCACUCCCACUCCGAGCGGCUCCGGGGGGAGCGGGCGGGGCGACGCGCGUCACCUGACGCCGCGCGGCGGGGCCGGGGUCGGGGCCAUGUCGCGGCGGGAGCGGGGCCCGGAGCCGGAGCUGGGGCCGGGCGGUGCCGUGGUGGCCGCGGAGGAUGCGGAGCCGGGGAGUCCCGAUCAGUGCCUGUCGGUGCUGCCCUGGGACCGCUUCUCAGCCUGGCUGCACUGCGUGUGCGUGGUGGGCUUCGACCUGGAGCUGGGCCAGGCCGUGGAGGUGAUAUAUCCUCCACAUUCCAAACUCACAGAUAAAGAGAAAACCAAUAUUUGCUAUUUGUCUUUUCCAGAUUCUAAUUCAGGUUGUCUUGGGGACACACAAUUUUGUUUUAGAUUCCGACGGUCUCCUGGAAGGAAAGUCUCAUUGUGUUGUUUUCUGGACCAAUUGGAUAGAGAUCUACCAGUUUACUUAAAGAAAGACUCAGCAUAUUACUAUGGCUAUGUGUAUUUCAGACAAGUUCGAGACAAAUCAUUAAAAAGAGGCUAUUUCCAGAAGUCACUGGUCCUCAUCAGCAAGCUGCCUUAUGUCCAUCUCUUUCGUACCAUGCUUAAGCAAAUAGCACCAGAAUAUUUUGAAAAGAGUGAAGCUUUCCUGGAAGCAGUUUGUAGUGACAUUGAUCGUUGGCCACCACCAGUUCCAGGGAAAGUUCUGCAGUUGCCUCUUAUGGGUCUUAUAAUGAAGUUGCGGAUUCCAACAUAUCGUGACAAGCCUGGAACAACACCGAUAGUACAGAAUAUGCACCAGGCAGAUGCUCAGAUCUCCAUGGCUUUACCGACUGUUCAUGAAGUAGAUCUUUUCAGGUGUUUCUGUCCAGUGUUCUUCCACAUUCAGAUGCUUUGGGAGCUGGUGCUGCUGGGAGAACCACUUGUUGUGAUGGCACCAUCACCAGCAGAAUCUUCAGAAACUGUGUUGGCCCUUGUUAGCUGUAUUUCACCACUGAAGUACUGCAGUGAUUUCAGGCCAUACUUCACCAUCCACGACAGUGAAUUCAAAGAAUACACAACUCGCACACAAGCCCCGCCAUCUGUCAUUUUGGGGGUUACAAAUCCCUUUUUUGCUAAAACACUUCAGCACUGGCCUCACAUUAUCCGAAUUGGCGACAUCAAACUUCCAGGUGAAGUUCCAAAGCAGGUGAAAGUGAAAAAACUGAAGAACCUAAAAACUUUGGACUCCAAACCUGGUGUUUAUACCUCUUACAAACCAUACUUGAACAAAGAUGAAGAAAUUGUUAAGCAGUUGCAAAAGGGAGUACAACAGAAACGUCCUACAGAAGCACAGAGUGUGAUACUUCGGCGGUAUUUCUUGGAAUUGACGGAAAGUUUCAUUAUUCCUUUAGAACGUUACGUGGCAAGCUUAAUGCCUUUGCAGAAAUGCAUAUCACCCUGGAAGAGUCCACCACAGCUGAGGCAGUUUAGCCAAGAUGACUUCAUGAAAACAUUGGAAAAAGCAGGACCACAGCUCACCUCAGGUUUAAAGGGAGAUUGGAUAGGACUUUACAGGCAUUUCUUGAAAUCGCCCAACUUUGAUGGUUGGUUUAGGAGCCGGCAGAAGGAAAUGACACAGAAGUUAGAGGCUCUUCAUUUAGAAGCACUCUGUAAUGAGAACUUGGUUUUCUGGAGUCAGAAGCAUACUGAGGUAGAAACGGUGGAUCUUGUCUUAAAGUUAAAAAAUAAACUGUUGCAGGCAGACAGAGAACAUCUUCCUGUGAAAACUGACACACUGAAAAAGCUGCAGACACACAUCAAUGAUAUUAUACUGGCACUGCCAGAUGACUUACAGGACAUCUUGCUCAAAACUGGCACAACAUGAUUUCUACUGGGCUUUUUUGGUGCCAAAAACCAGAAGGCAAGUAGUCUCACAGAAGACAGUGGCUAACCAAGUUUGGAACACAGCUCUAAACCAGUACAUUAACACUACAAAUGGACUGUACUAAUAGUAUAGCCCACUGUAUAAUUUUCUGGUUUUUCCACUCAAUACCAAUGCAACUAAAGGGAUUCUUGUGUCUAAUACGACUUGAAAUAAGUGCUCUUAAAGAAUAAUCUGUGGGCAUAUGAAGCUGGGCCACAGUAUAGGACAACAGUGCAGUGCUGGCAUUGCAGAAUGUUUUCCAAUUGGUGCUGCUAUACCCAGUCCUUCUCAGGGGUAGGCAAUAUUGAUCCUUUGCUGUCCUGUUGAUGUAGUAUCUGAUUGUUUCACUUUCUUUUUUACUUACAGUUUUUAUCUAGUGCUAAGUCCAACUGACAUAUUGGUGAUUUGGCCACAAUGCCUUAUAAUUGAGGUAUUUUACUGGUAAAUCAUGGCUUUUAAAACUGUUUCAGGAACAACUGAAAUUAUCAGAUCCAUUCUUAACUUUUUGCAUUUCUCCUUUUUACCAUCUUUCCAAAAUUAUACUGAUUUAGCAUUUUUAAAGAUGAGAAGGCAGCUGACAAAAAUUUCCUGAAAGGAAGUCUCUUCCACUCAGUGUCAGUUAUCAGGGUGCUCUUACAUGCCUUAAAGUAAUUAUAUACUAAUUUAUGGUUUUAAUCUGCUGACAUCCAGGAUUUCAACUGGAUCACUCGUGUAAAUGUAAGUAUGCAGUAUUCAUCACAGGAAAUAAACACUGCGGUGUUGUAAUAGGGACUUUAAAAUCGGUAAUUUUGGUUGUGUUAGCUGAUACACAGUCUGUUUCAGUUGGAGAGCAUAUCAGUCAGCUCCUGUUAUAAUUUUUAACUUUAUUAUUUUCAGCUUAACCAGUCAGGUUUUUGAGGUGAUAAGGCUGGAGAGAGAAAAUUUUGGCUUCAGCUGAAAAAAGCCUCUGGACAGGUCAGACUGGCAAAAAAAGAUUGUAGCAUGGAAUUACUCUCAGUAUGUGCAUACAGCAGACAUGCAUAAAGACUAACUUCCUCUUGCGUAUUAAGCAACAAGAAUGGGAUGUUUUGUCUUCUUGAACAAGUUUCAGUGAUACAUAACAACUCAGCUGCUCCACAUGCAGUGUUGUACUUUGACCACUUUCAAGUAGAGCAAACAUAAUGCUAUAGUGCACACACAGCAUAUACUUUUAUAUGUCAAGUGGAUCGCAGUUAUUAAAAAAAAGAACUACUCUGCUUUUAAGUGCUUGGGUAGAAAUUUUUAAAUCUUAUGCCAUAAUCCUGCUAUAAGAACAUGCUUUUGUAUAACGAGUAUUUCAUACCAUCUUUCUAAAAAUGUCUUAUUUAGAUAUAAAGUGUCACAACAGUAUUUUUAUGAAAAAAUGUAUUUUAAUACUGUUAUGUUUUGUAUACAAUUACUCAUGACCAGAAGUUUCAUGUAUCUAUUAUGUUACAUAAACUAUACCACUUCAGCAUUAAUUGCUAACUUGCAAAAUGGUUUCUUUUUUGCACACCCUGUGGAAAGCAUUUCUAAUCCAGAAAUUAUUAAGUGGCCAUUCAUACUCUAAAUUAUCUUCACUAUUUAAUCUGUAGCACUGUGGCAUUUCUUGGAACCAUGUAAACUGGUAACAACUAUGGUAAACUAGCACAUGACUGCAAAUAUGUAUUUUUUUAAACAAAAAAUAAAGAGUUUGAUUUUUAUUUUUUUUUCCCCUUUGGAAGUUAUGUGACUUAGAUGAUGGGUGUGUUUGGUUUGCUUGGUUUUUCCCCUCUCCUAUGUAAGCAAAGCUGUUCAGCUUGCAAAGACAGCUGCUUGAUGUUGUACCCCUGAGCUGACCAGAAAUGUGGUGGAGUGGUGUUGUAGUUUGAUUAUUCAUCAUGGUAAGAAAGCUGCAGGCUCCUCAGCAAAGCAAAUGGCAGGGCCUAGAUUCUAAAGCAAGUGUUUGUUAGAUUGUACUCAAAUAACUGAAACAGUGAAAGGUAUCUAGGAACGACCCAGAUACACUCAGAAUAGGCCAGCUUGGAGCUCCAGAGAGUAACAGCCCUCAAGCACAGAAAAGCUGAACUUUCCUAGCCAAAAAAAGAAGUGUAAAUACUGAAUGCUGUGAACAGAGGAUGGGUGAGUACUGGAAACCUAGAACUGGACUCCUUAGAUUACAGUUUCCUGAUGGUUGAUCAGGAUCAUAAAAACAUCUUAGGCAUGAACUAGAUUUCAAGUAUCAUUUAUUUCUUUUAUAAAAACACAACUUUCCAUCUUAAUUUACACCAGGUUUGGGGUUCAGAAUAACAUAAUUUAGAAUUAGAAUAAGGUUUUCAACAUGAUACCGAAGAUUAGUUGCGGAUGCCCCAUGCCUGAAAGUGUCCAAGGUGGGGUUGGACAGGGCAUUGAGUACCUAGUCUAGUGAAAGGUCCUUGUCUAUGGUAGGGGGGUAGAAUAAGAUGAUCCAACCCUUCAAACCCAAACCAUUUUAUGAUUCUGUGAAAAGAACAGCCUGACUUUUCUGGCUUGGUAGCCAGCUGUUAGGAUCUUGUUCAGUACUAUCGUAAUAAAGAUCAUUAACAGUGUUUUUCUUUAGUACAGGAGAAGUAAAUACUUUCUAUUUAAUACAACAUUGACCGAGCCUGGUUCAGUUUUACUCUGCUCUUAUGUCCCCGUGUCUGGUGCUCCCUGCCCGAUGAACCGAGCGUGGUUUGGUGCCGCAGCUCGGGGCCUCUGGGGAGGGUCAGGGCGGGGGCCUGCUGCGACCGGGAUGCCUAAUAAUUACUGUAUAGUGGAUAUAUAUAUAUAUACACAAUUAAUAAUAGUACAGUAAUAUGUCA